GGAGCUUCAUCUUGCUGUUUGUGUCGUCUUUGGCGUGGACCGGCAUUUUCCCACAACACCCUGCUCCUGCUCUCACAGAUGACGAAAAUGGCGGACAGCGCAUCAUCGGUCGAAAUCGUGGAGGGCUGUCGCCUCCCGGUUCUUCGUAAAAACCAAGAACACGAGGACGAAUGGCCUUUGGCAGAAAUUCUAAGUGUGAAGGAAGUGUCUUCGAGAAAGCUCUUCUAUGUUCACUAUAUUGACUUCAACAAGCGUCUGGAUGAGUGGGUCACAGCGGACAGGCUGGACAUGAAAAAGCUCCAGUUUCCUAAGAAAGAAGCUAAAACACCCACCAAGAAUGGUCUUCCGGGCUCCCGUCCCAGUUCUCCAGAGAGAGAAGUGAGGAAGAGUCUAGAUCUCAACGUACAAUCUGCCACAGCUCCCUCCAGAGGCAAAACCCUCCCCACACCGCUAUCAGGUCAUGCUGAACUGCAUGGAAAUCCAGAUAUAAACAACCAAGAUACAAAAAAGGAAGACGAUCCAGUCGUGCAGAUCACAUCCAAAUGUUUGACAGGUGUAUGCUCUGGUCUUGUAAAGCCACAUUUCCUCUUCAAAUCUCUCAAGAAGAGGAAAGUAGAGCCCGUUCCCUUGGCGACUCAGGUACCCCCGGCCACCCCCGUGCCCUCCCUGCCAAGUUCAGCUGAAGCCUCUCAGGCAUCUGUUUUCCCUGCUGUCAGAGAGACCAACAACACCUUCAAGUCCCGCGAAGACCAUGAGCAGCUCUCCUCCCUCACAACAAACGGCACUGCCCGACGACUCGUCCCCUCCCAGCCCGGGAGGAAGAGGAAAGCUAAUUGUGGGGCCACAGAUGAGAUGAUAAAGGUUUUGCAGUAUAACAAGCCUCAAAGUGCCAGUGUCUUUCUACCACCACCAGAGGAUUCCCAGGACAGUUCGGAUGGCAUCCCGUCUGCACCCCGCAUGACGGGCAGUCUGGUGUCCGACCGCAGCCAUGACGACAUCGUCACCCGAAUGAAAAACAUAGAGUGUAUAGAGCUAGGACGUCACAGAUUGAAGCCCUGGUACUUCUCACCGUACCCACAGGAACUCACCACACUGCCCAUUCUCUACCUCUGCGAAUUCUGCCUCAAGUACCUCAAAAGUCUCAAGUGUCUGCAGAGGCAUUUGACAAAAUGUAAUCUGAGACAUCCUCCAGGCAACGAGAUCUACCGCAAAGGAACCAUCUCAUUCUUUGAGAUUGACGGCAGGAAAAACAAAACUUAUUCCCAGAACCUGUGUUUACUUGCUAAGUGUUUCCUGGACCACAAAACCUUGUAUUACGACACAGACCCUUUCCUCUUCUAUGUGAUGACGGAGUACGACUCUAAAGGCUUCCACAUAGUGGGCUACUUCUCCAAGGAAAAAGAGUCGACUGAAGAUUAUAACGUAGCCUGCAUCCUGACUUUGCCUCCGUACCAGCGGAGAGGAUAUGGCAAACUGCUCAUUGAGUUCAGUUACGAGCUGUCCAAAGUCGAAGGGAAGACAGGCACACCUGAGAAGCCGCUUUCUGACCUCGGUCUUUUGUCCUAUCGCUCCUACUGGUCCCAGACCAUCUUGGAAAUUCUUAUGGACCUUAAACCCGACAAUGGAGAGAGACCGCAGAUCACCAUCAAUGAGAUCAGUGAGAUCACAAGUGUAAAGAAAGAAGACGUCAUUUCGACACUUCAGUACCUCAACCUAAUCAACUAUUACAAGGGUCAAUACAUCUUGACUCUUUCAGAGGACAUUGUGGACGGGCAUGAAAGAGCGAUGCAGAAGAGACACUUGCGCAUAGAUCCAAAAUGCCUUCACUUCACACCUAAGGACUGGAGCAAGAGGGGCAAGUGGUAAAGCCGCAGCCUGGUUCACUGAACGCUCUCCCCAACGAACCUGAAGAAAACAGUGGAUCAGAUCAAGGUGUUCGUCAAGCGGUCUCACCGAGAGCCUCGAUACAGAAACCUUUUUGAACGCGGGACGUCUCUUCAGAUAAAAAACAGUGAACAUAAAUUGUCACUUGAGAUGCAUAUGCUUUUUAUUGUGAAUAUUCAUUAUAUAUUGUGAACUUAAACAACGGUCAAACUUGGGGACAAAGACUGGUGAACAGUGACGCCGCCAAAAAAUACAACACACCCUCUGCUGUGUAAAAGAUCCUGUUUAUGACUGAGACAGUGUGUUUUAAAGUGGGACAUGGUGUUUGUGUAAUAGUGUAAAUGAAAGCCUUAAAUGGCAAACAUACUGGCCACCUCAUGAAGGUGAGACAGUAAGGUUAUUGAUGAUAAUUUGAUUUCUACAGUGAAUCGCUUCAUCUGUUGAUGUCCACAUAAUGUAAAGCCCACAAAGUGGAUUUCUUUUUCUUAAAUGCAGCAAUGAAAGAUUUUUAUUUUAUUAUUUUGGGCCAACACAAACAUGUGUUUUGGUUUUUUUAAUCUGCCUCAUAAAGAAGUAGAGUUAAAAUGUUGUCAUCAAUAUUUAUGUAUCCCAAAGUUCUGUUUAUCAAUGUAGUUCAACAAAAUUCCUUGUUUGACUCCAGAAACAUCACUUCAGCUCCUCAUACUGGUGAUGUCAAGGAAACCUUAGUUGAUGGAAAAUGUCCUCAUUAAACAUUCAGACAACUAAUAUCUGAGCAGCACUCCAACAUUUAGUUAGCACUUUUACCUUGAAUAGUGAUUUUAUACAAAGUGUGCAGGCUUCAAUACAUUUUUCAAAUGCCUCUGACUGCGUACAAACGUUUUUAUUAAACAGAAUGUGCAUACAGGGAAAAAGUACAAGGAAUUACAAUUCAGAUCUGUUUCGGGAGUAAGAUACCUGCUCAUUUAAAUUCUCAUCUCAACACACAGAUGGUAAUUUUCAUUCUCUUUGAGUGCCUGAAUCUUUGCCCUUUCUUCUCCAGUGGCUCAGCUAACAGAGAGAGCAGAACUGUACUGGUAGUUCCUGCUGUAGGCUUCCGGUUGUUUUCACUGUCAACUACGUAAUUCAAUAUGACUCACUUGUAAUAAUAGAUCCAAAUUAAGAACCGCCAGAACAGUUUGGAUUCAUACAAAAAUACAAAACUGGACAUCCAGACCCGCAGUUAAAACGUUGCUUUUAAGAACCAACAGUCAAUUCAUCUUUUACAGUAGCAGUCCCUCUUUUCAUUUCACUAUAUUUAAAUAGUAAUAAAUAGUAUUUAUGCUUGAUCAUGCUGGUAAACUUUUCUUUUUUUUCCUCAGAUAAUGUCCUGUCAGGAUCAUCUGUACACAUUGUGCACUGAGACAAAUCAACUCCCCGGUUAAACAUAUGUUCCCUGUAACUGUACAUAACUGAACCUGAUUGUAAAGAAAAAAUGCUUUGAAGACAGAAGCCAUGUUGAACUCUUAGAGUAAUGUAAAUUUUGUGUACAGUUGUCUUUAGUUCUUUUUUUUUUUCAUAAUGUAAACUAACUGCACAAUAUUAAUAGGAACAGAAAAAAGAGUGAUCUUACUUUCAAUUUGUGUUUUAUGUUUACAUGUCGCAAAGGCCGUUGAAUUUACUCUGUUGAAAUGAUUCAGUAUAUCUUUAAGUGAAACACAGUUGAGAGUAUGAUUUGAACGUUUGAUAUGAAACGCUUGUUGAAUUGAUAAAAAAAUCUUAAAAACCUUGAAA